AUGACCAAAAUUUGCAAAGAGAUGUCUCCGAAGACGGACGAGUCGUGCAGUUCUGGUUCAAGUGAUGCCUGCAAUGGACAGGCAUUGGGUUUGUCUGCUCGGAGUUUGUCAACAAAUAAGGUGAAGAAGUCGCAGACGACUCACAAAAUGGAUACCAAUGUAUCUGCGGAUGAGAUGCAAUCACUGUUAGCCAAACUCAAGGAAUUGGUUCCCAAUAUCCCCCGCAAUAAGAAGUUGUCUAAACUGGAGAUCAUUCAGUACGUGAUUGACUACAUCUUUGACCUCCAACUGGCACUCGACACACAUCCCCAACCACUGUGUCAGUCCUCCAACAACUCCAGUGCCACCUCUUCCUCCAUCGCCAGUCUAAGGCAACCAUUGGCUAUAAAGUGGUCGUCUUAG